CAAAUGUGACAGCUGCGGGGCUGCACGUAAUGGCGGUUAGCAGUUGAUGGGGUCUCUUUUUGACAUUCAAUCAUUUUCUGAGCGUGUUACGCUUAAUUGCGGACGUUCGGUGGGGUGCACGAUCGCCGUGAGCGUGUAGGCGGCGGCACAUAGCGCGGAUAUAGCGUCGCCAUGGACGACGCAAGCGGAAUGCCAUCGCUGCAAGCGGUCGUCCAAGCCAUCCACGCGCUCUACAGACAGCCAGACACUACGGGCAAGGAGAAAGCAUCGGUCUGGCUCGGGGAACUGCAGAGAUCCGUAAGUUUUGUCUGUGCCUGGAAGAUUGCAGAUGAACUCCUGCAGCAGAAUGUGGACCUUGAGUCCUGCUACUUCGCUGCCCAGACCAUGCGAACAAAGAUCCAGUAUGUGUUCCACGAACUCCCUCCCGAAUCCCAUGUCUCUUUACGAGACUCACUCAUGGAGCACUUGGCAAAGGUCACCAAAGAUACUGCACCAGUUAUUGUUACACAGCUAUCCCUCGCCAUGGCAGAUCUUGCCCUGCAGAUGGCGGCAUGGAAGUCUCCUGUUGUUGACUUAAUAACAAGGUUUGGCUGCAGUAUGUCCCACAUUCCCGUUCUCCUUGAAGUGCUGACGGUGCUUCCCGAAGAGCUCAACAGUCGGUCACUCCGGCUGGGUGCCAACCGGCGCAACGAGAUCAUUGAGCUUUUCACUGAAGUUUCGGGACGAGUCGUACACCUGCUGGAUGUAUGCUUGCAACCUGCCCAAAACCCGGACGAGCGAGUGCGUGCCCGCGUGUUCCGCUGUCUGGGGAGCUGGUUCUCGGUGGGCGGCCUCCGGCUAGAAGACCCAGUAUUGCACAAGCUUUUGGGGAGUGUCUUUGAGGCCCUGAAAAGCCCCACUUCGUCGUCAAGUGUGCACGAGACAGCGACUGACUGCGUCUGCAAUGCUCUCAUGCUCAUAGGGCAACACUCGUCCCAGUCAACAGCCUUGGCUCAAGUCUUGGUGCAGGGCGUCUACUCCCUCGUCGAGUCCUACCAUUUGUCAGUAGCGCAUGAGGAUCUGGACAGGUCGGUGAACUACUGUCGCAUCUUCACAGAGCUGGCCGAGUCUCUGCUCGACGACAUGAUUCAACAUCCGGGACAGGGUCUGGGUGAUACACGUUGCUUGGACUUGCUGCUGACCUGUGUCGGGCACUAUGACUACGAGGUGGCAGAGAUCACAUUCAACCUCUGGUAUCGGCUCUCGGAGGCACUCUACAAAGAGAGUAACGACGCACUCAACGCCUUCUUCGGCCGGUACAUCCAGAUGCUCCUUGUUGCCCUCUGCCGGCAUUGCCAGCUGGACCCAGACAAGGAAGGGGUGCCAUCCGACAAGGACGACUUUGGCGACUUUCGGAAUCGUGUUGCCGAGCUCAUCAAGGAUGUGGUCUAUCUCGUGGGCUCAGCCAACUGCUUCCACCAGAUGUUUGAGAACCUGAAAAACCAGGGUGCUUCGGCCACAUGGGAUGUCACCGAGGCCACCCUAUUCGCCAUGGCUGCCGUGGCAAAGAAUGUUGUGCCGGAGGAGAACGACACAGUCCCCGAGGUGGUGGAGGCCAUCUUGAAGCUGCCUGCUGAGUCGCACGCAGCCGUUCGACACACCAGCAUCCAGCUGCUGGGAGAACUGUGCGAGUGGAUCGACAAGCACCCGCAGUACCUUGAUCCAGUGCUGACGUUCCUGCUGCAGGCUCUGCAGACGCAGAGCCUGGCGAGCGUGGCGGCAGCCUCCCUGCAGAAUGUGUGCGCCACCUGCCGGUCCCAGAUGGUGGCGCACUUCCCAGCGCUGCUGCACAUUGUCAGCGCUGUAGACACACUGAGUGUCUCGACCAGCGCUGCUCUAGGGCUGCUCAAAGGUGCUGUCUUGGUUCUGGCCAAGAUGAGUCCGGAACAGGUCACGGACGGCAUGCGGCAAUUGUGCAGGCUCCAGACGGAGCGUCUUACACGGGUCAUGAAUGCAGAAGAGACUAAUGCCGAAGGAAGCCGAUCUGAGCCAAUCAUCUAUCUUGACAGGCUGGCAGCCAUCUUCAGGAACACCAAUGUAAACAUCCCGUUGGGCCAGCCGCACCCCUGCCAGCCCGUGGUGGAGGAGGUGUGGCCGGUGCUCUCCCAAGCGUGCCACCGGUACCAGGCCGACGAGAAGAUCACCGAGCAGUGCUGCCGCUGCAUCCGGUUUGCGGUGCGCUGCAUCGGCCGUCACUCGCACUCCCUGCUGCAGCCGCUCGUCACACAGAUGGUGCAGCUGUAUCAAGUACACCAGCACUCCUGCUUCCUCUACCUGGGAAGCAUUCUCGUGGACGAGUACGGCUCGGAGGCGGGUUGCGUUCAAGGCCUGAUCGAAAUGCUGCAGGCAUUUUGUGGUCCGGCCUUCAGGCUGCUGGCAAAUGCUGAUGCCCUGCGCAACCACCCUGACACAGUCGACGACUUGUUCAGGCUAUGCACAAGGUACAUCCAGCGGAUGCCUGUGGUGUUCCUGAAGAACCCCGCCCUUUCGGGUAUCAUCCAGUGUGCUCUCGCUGCCUGUCCACUGGACCACCGGGAAGCCAACACGUCGGUCAUGAAGUUCCUCUGUGACCUCAUUCACUGCGGACGGGCCAAGAAGGAGACACCGGACUUCGCAGAGCGGCAGUCACUCGUCGGAUCCUUGCUGUCCAGCCAGGGCCAGACGAUAGUGACCACCCUUAUCCAGUCCUCGAUCUUCUGCCUGCCCACUGCACUCCUGCCCGAUGUGGCCGAGGUGCUCUACGAGUUGAUCGAGUUUGAUCGGCAGGCACUGACAACAUGGCUGGAGAAUGCUUUGAAGCUUCUGCCAACACACGGUAGUGGUGGGGCUGUGACGGCCACGCCAGCGCAGCUGCAGGAAUUCCUCUCCACAGUUACUAGUGCCGAGCACAUGAGGAGCAUUUCCACAUCGCUACGGGACUUCUCUAGGCUGUACCGAUGAGCAGCGUGUGCAAAUUGUCUCGCAGGACUAUCCUUACAGUUGUGGUGGAGCUCUUUGAUCAUUCUUUUGGUCAUUUCCCCCCUUUCCUUGUGUGUUGACAGCUCAUCCCAACGUCUGUGAACUGCGUUGUCCAGCGUCACCUUGUGGACAUUGUAAAGUUCUGGAGAAGAGUGCUGAUACAAUGCUUCUUGGGAAGUAUUGUUUGCAUUUUUUAAUUAUUUCUUUUUCUGCAUUCAUCUGUUCAAAACGGAGCUGUAAAGUACUGGAGAAGAGUACUGAUAUUUUUUAAUUAUUAUUUUUUUCUGUAUUCAUCUGUUUGAAACGGAGCUGUUGGCUGUAGACACAAGUGUGUGAGCCCAGUCCUGUUCCCAAGUGGCCUGUUCAGAUGUGUGACCUGUUCUCUUGUUGGCCACGGCAUGCCUCACUCUUACUCGCUCUGGCUACGAGAGUUAGUGGUUUCCUUUAACUCCCUCUUGGGCAAGUGUCCUGUUUGUACGACUGACCUUGGCUGCAGCUUGCAUCUGGCUUGGAUUUGUUUUGCCCGAGGCAUUGUGGCCUUCUGUCACAGGCUGUGCUCUUAAACCCAUCAAUCAUGCCACCUUGCAUGCUGAACACUAAGUCAUUGCUUUGUUGUUUUCUUGCUUUCAUUGAAUUGUUGAAAUUUCGGGAAGGAUCGUGUUGCUACAUUGAAUGCUCAAAGCAGUGCUUCUUUUAUACCUGUUGAAGACUGUUGCAAGUGUGUGAGACUUUUCCAUGAGGUAGUGUUGUGUACAUAUGUGCCUCAAAUUUUGUUCUGUUGGUCUGCAGGCAAAGCUUUACAGUGCAACUAAUAGGUAUCUUUAGUUUCCUGGCAAGGCACUGGCAUGGCAGGUGUAACAGGGAAAGGUGCGAUGAUUAAUUGUUUUGCACGAAGUUUAAUUAAUGUGGUGGCUUCAAUAGCUAGGGAUUGUGGGGUUCGAUUUUCUUUUAAUGCGGGAGAAAAGCUGCGUUGGGGAAAUAGUUUUAGGAGAUUAGGUUUUUUUUUGAUGCCACAAAGACAUUGAAACUGUUGGGGCUGUUGUUGAAUUGCCUGGCUGGUCAAUCAGCGGGCGUUUUUUUGGGUCACGGCGCUGAAUGGUGGGCUAUCGUGCAGAAAAGUUGGCGACAGACCUACUUUUUUGGUGGCAGGAUUUAAAUGCGUGUCGCAUGCUGCUGACGUACCUUGACGUAGUGCUUACAAUGAUCAUGCUGGUACUGCUGCCAUCAGACUUGACCCGAACUAUCAAGCGCAGGUCUUGCAUUGGAAAAGAAUUAGGUGCUGUUUCCAAGGCAGCAUUGGUCAGUACUGGGCGUCAUCGCCAUGGCAACAGCUGCCAGAACGUGGGACUGCGUGGGCUGUUUACUUGCGCCGUACGAGCCAGUUGGGAGCCAGUUGCUAGAGCUAUGCGAAUCGCAUAGCUGUGGUUGCAUGGUCAUGUGUUCUGGUUAGGUCUGAUGGUUGCGGUGCAUACAAAAAUGCAGGAUGUCUGGUGAACCUGGCAUGAUUGUUAGAUUUUUUUGUUUUGUUUGUUUACUGGAAGAUUACAAGGCAAAGAGGUGUUCCAAGCAACGGUAAAGCUGUGAUUGAUUAACGAGACCAAAUUUUCUGAAGCAUUUGUGCGUAACCUCUAUGCACUCGUUGGUGUGACACGCUUCAGUGGGUCUUGAUGCAUGGUUAUGUUUUGGUGCUAUGCCCUUGCAUAGUUGAUCAGCUACUGAGCACAGAAUGUAACGAGUGUGAAACAAUGGGUGAAUGCUUUUCCUUGGCAUGCGUUGCUGCACAAUGGUGGCUGUUAUUGUUCCUGUCUUAAGGCACUAAAGAUAGUUUUUUUUAUUUAUAUUUUUUAGUAGGUAUCUGCUUCAUCUGGGCGCAUUUCAUAAUGGUGACAGGCAUUUGUAGACGGCUUGAUGCAUACGCAUUGCUGUGACAUUGGAGGGUGUUGAUUUACAAGCAGUGCCGGAUGCUUCACCGCUUUCAGCUUGACGGCCACGUCGUUUCAUUUUGAAAUGUCUCAACCGGACUGCUUAGGUUGUGACUUUCACCAGUCGUACCUCCGUGAAAUGGGGCCUACCUGCCCGUCGUAAGCCAGAUGUCUUCAACUGCGGAGGCUUUGGUUGAGUAAAGUUUAACGUGUGCUUUUAA